AUGGCUGUGAUUGGAAUUGGUGCAGAGAAUUCCAAUGAUGAAGUUACCCAAUACCAAAUGGGCCGCUAUGUCAGUACUGUGCAUUUAGAAAAUGGACAAAGAGUAGUGUAUUUUACAGCACAGAACGCAGUACAAAGAGCUGCUCAGCCACCAUCUACUACAUUAACCAGUUUUGUUGAGACAUGCCAAAACGAUGAUUUCGCACAAACAUUGCUAUAUUCUGAAAUGCCAAAAUAUUAUACCUGGAAUCAAUCCUCAAGGAGAUUUAUACGAAGGAAACAAGGAAAACCAGUUCCAGGAUAUACAGAUGUAUAUUCCACCGAUGCGAUUGGCCGGAUUUAUUCAUCAAUGUACGUGGCCCAACAUCAUUCCAACAGUUACGAACUGUUGAUGGUGAAUUGUGUGGAUCCUACAGAGAAGCCUGUCAACGUUUGCAAUUGCUUGAAAAUGACGCUCAUUGGGAUCAAACUCUCAAUGAUGCUGCCUGACCGCCCCAAUCGUCCAAUGCAUGACGCUUUUAACCAAGAGUUGCAUCGAGAAAAACUGUAUGAUCUCAACGCUUUGAAAGAAUUAAUUCAAACAAAUCUUCCACUGUUAAAUGAACAACAGAAGUAUGUAUUUGAAACUCUUAUGAAAGUAACAAAUGAUGAAACUGGAGGGAUUUACUUCUUAGAUGCAUCUGGUGGUACAGGAAAAACUUUUUUGAUUUCAUUAAUAUUAGCAACAAUUCGCACACAAAAUAAAAUUGCACUUGCACUCGCUUCAUCGGGAAUCGCAGCAACUUUGCUUGAAGGUGGUCGAACCGCCCAUUCAGCACUAAAAUUGCCAUUAAAUAUGCAAAGCAAUGAAACUCCAACCUGCAACGUUUCGAAGAACUCUGCAAUGGCAAAGGUUUUGCAGCAAUGUAAAUUGAUUGUUUGGGAUGAAUGCACGAUGGCACAUAAAAAAUCUUUGGAGGCUUUAGACAGAACCUUAAAAGAUCUACGGAGCAAUAAUAACCGAUUUGGUGGUGCAAUGAUUUUAUUAUCAGGAGAUUUUCGUCAAACAUUGCCAGUGAUUCCACGAUCAACGCCAGCUGAUGAACUCAAUGCAUGUCUAAAGUCCUCCAAUUUGUGGAAACAUGUCAAAGUACUUCAUUUAAGCAAGAAUAUGCGUGUCGAGUUGCAAAAUGACCAAUCUGGAAACAUAUUCUCGAAACAACGCAUUGACAUUGGUAAUGGCAAAUUUCCUAUAGACAUGUUGACUGGCUGCAUUAACUUUCCUCAAAGUUUUUGUCAGUUAACCCGAUCAAAAGAUGAACUUAUUCAGAAGGUGUUUCCAGAUGUUUCUCAAAAUUACAGAAACCAUGAUUGGUUGAGCGAACGAGCUAUACUGGCUGCAAAAAACAUAGAUGUAAAUGAAUUAAAUUUCAAAAUUCAAGAACAAAUAACAGGCGAUUUGAGGAUAUAUAAAUCAGUUGAUUCGACUACUAAUCAAGAUGAUGUACUCAACUAUCCACCGGAAUUUUUAAACUCGCUGGAUUUGCCAGGAUUGCCACCUCACAAUCUUCAAUUAAAGAAAACCCAUGUUUCUCACAUGGUCAAUUGUAUGUUGCCUGUUCACGUGUUGGAAAACCAUCAGAUUUGUUUAUCUCUGCGCCAGGUAAUCAAACAAAAAACAUCGUGUACCACAAAGCACUACAAUGAUAAUAAUAAUAAUUAUGAUUCACAUGAUUAA